AGGAGAAGUUUUGGAUUUCCAGCAACUUUGCGCCAGAGCUUUCACGUAGAACGAGUAAAUCAAAGACACGAAUCAGUGUAUGAAACCUACAAAGUUCUUCACAGAUUUCAGACUCACGUGGGGAAAAACGAGAAAUCUGUCAAAAUGAAGUGAUACCAGCUUGCUGUAUAAAAGACAGAAACAGAGGAUCCAAAGGGCACCAAUUAGGACACAGCGCAACCAAUCGUACAGUACAUUGGGACCAUAAUGGACUGGAAAUCUUUGCAGGCCCUUUUGAGUGGAGUGAACAAGUACUCCACUGCCUUCGGCCGGAUAUGGCUGUCAGUGGUGUUUGUGUUCCGGGUGAUGGUGUAUGUGGUGGCUGCUGAGCGGGUGUGGGGAGAUGACCAGAAGGACUUUGACUGCAACAUCAAGCAGCCCGGCUGUGCCAAUGUCUGCUACGACCACUUCUUCCCCAUUUCCCACAUCCGCCUGUGGGCCCUGCAGCUGAUCUUCGUCACCUGCCCGUCCUUCAUGGUGGUGAUGCACGUGGCGUACCGCGACGAACGCGAGCGCAAGUACCGAGUCAAGCACGGCGAGAACGCCAAGCUGUACUCCAACACGGGCAAGAAGCACGGUGGGCUCUGGUGGACCUACCUGCUGAGUCUCUUCGCCAAGACGGGCUUCGAGAUCGGCUUCCUCUACAUGCUCCACCACAUCUACAAUAGCUUUUACCUGCCUCGGCUGGUCAAAUGCGACAUCAGACCCUGCCCCAACGUAGUGGACUGCUACAUCGGGCGGCCCACAGAGAAGAAGGUCUUCACCUACUUCAUGGUGGGGGCAUCAGCCCUCUGCAUUGUCCUUAGUGUCUGUGAGAUUAUUUACCUGAUCUCCAAGCGCUUAGCCCGUUGCAUGAACAAGAUGAAGCGGAGAGAAAGAUACAUUCAGCCCCCAUACAGGGAAGAUGACAGCCACUGCACCCUACCGUUGACAGAGCUGGACCAUCAUCUUGAGUGUAAACCAGAGACCAAGCCAGAUUUUAAGCCUGACUUUAAGCCUUACCCUCUUAUGCCAACUCUCAGGUUAAAAGACGACCUACGUGCCUCAGCUCCAAAUUUGUCCUAUUCUACCUGAAAAACAAUCAAUCUGGAACUGACACGAACUUUUGAGAAGAGGUCCUGAGACCCAACAGGUGUCAGGUGUGAUUCAGACAUUUUCAGCUGCAACUACAACUAAAGAUUAAUUUUAUGGAUUUUGUUUUUGUGCUCACAAACUCUAGACAUCUUCAUACUCUGAAAUGAGAUUCAUCGUACCACACUGCACUAGAAAGAUUUCUUGUCACUCUGAGACCUUCUUUCUCGAUAUCUAUGAAGUCUUUAGGCUGUUUACUUUCUGUGGCAUGUAAUGUUUUUAUUUUUUAAAAUGAGAUCCAUUUUUGUUUUAUGGCACACCAUUAUAUUAGCUGACAAAUUAAAAGAAACAGGGCCGUUCUGCUUUCUAAGAAAGUCUUUUUGUCUGGCACACUUUUCUUAUUCCGUCUGGAUCAGGGGCAAUAGUGAGCAGUGGUGAAAAAGAGUUAUGGUGCAUUCUCAAAUGCUGAAUAACUGCACAGGCAUCCAGGUAGACACGCCUCGUUCAGCCAUCCAUCUCUUUCUCCACACCUACAGAGGUGGACAAAAGUUUCUGAGAAAAGGACUAUUGACAGAGAUUUCAGAGAAUUGUGCCCUUUUGCCCAGUUUCACACCUUAAAUGUUAGAUAAUACAUGCUAUUUUAAAUGGAACAUAAAUACUAAUAAGCAUUAGGCAUAUGACCAAAUAUAAUGUCUGCUUUGUAAAUAUCUGUUCUUGGUUUACAAUUUAAUUUUCUGUCUACAGAACUGAACUAGACUUUUUCUGACUUGAAUUGGCAUUUUUCUGGGUGGUAACACCAGCCUUUUGGAAUUAUGUGAUACUAUGUUAUGCAAGAUAUAGUUACAACAAGAGCGUGUGGUUGCACAAGUGGUUAGUGUGGUUUAUGAUAAAACUGCCCAAAGUUAAGACCACUUGGAAGUGGAGAAAAUAAAAUAAGUCCCCAAACAUCCCUGGUGGACAUUGCAUUGGAAAUAGUUAGCACAUUGUAUAUGCUGUACAUUUAUUUAUGUUUUUGAGAAAUAAAAUAAUUUUCAUACU